UCAGCCUUUUUCCCUCAACUCUUCUUGGUCUUUGCUUUUUAUGUCCACGUCUCUAUCGUACAAGGCCAAUACGAAAACCAACCGGAUCACAAUCCCAUUCCAUCGUCCACAGCACGAUUCAUCAUCACGAGAUCCUUUCUCUCUCACUUUUUCCCUCUUUCCCACCGAGAAAAAAGAAGAGAGAAAGAAAGAAGAUUUCGAAAAGCCUCUCAGAUUCUCAGAAUCGCUUUGUUUCAAAUUUUUGGCGCCAAAUCCAUGAAGGUUGAGAGCUUUGGGCCGGAGAUGUGUACAGCGACCGAACCCUCGCAGUCGUUGACCUUCGGGAACUCGACGGCGGCGAAGUCUCCGCCGAUUGUCGUUGAAGAUGGCGAGCGGGACGGGGAGGAGUUGUUGGUUCCGCCGCUGAACUUCGCGAUGGUCGAUAAUGGCGUGUUCAGGUCCGGUUUCCCAGAUUCCGCUAACUUCGGCUUCUUGAAAUCCCUAGAGCUCCGUUCCAUUAUAUGUUUGUGCCUGGAGCCCUAUCCGGAGGCGAACAAUGAGUUUUUGAAGGCUAAUGGGAUUAAGCUUUUCCAGUUCGGGAUCGAUGGCUGUAAGGAGCCUUUUGUAAACAUUCCAGAGGAAACAAUUCGCGAAGCACUGAAAGUUCUCCUUGAUGUGAGGAACCACCCACUUCUAAUUCAUUGCAAACGAGGGAAGCACCGUACUGGUUGUCUGGUGGGAUGCUUGAGAAGAUUGCAAAGAUGGUGCCUGUCUUCUGUUUUUGAUGAGUAUCAGAGGUUUGCUGCUGCUAAGGCCAGAGUGACAGAUCAGAGGUUCAUAGAAUUGUUUGAUAUUUCUGGCUUGAAGCACUUGCCAAUAUCAUUUUCAUGUUUAAAGAGAUAGCCUAAUACAAGGAAGAAAAGGCAUUUGCUUUCACAUAAAGCAGAAAAGCAUGGAGAGUGGCCAUUGAUUGAGAUGAGCCGAAAAGAAAGUGAAAGUAGUGGAUGUCGGAUAAUAAUAUCAUUCCUUUUUCUUUUCUUUUCUUUUUUUUGUUGGAAUCCUCCCCGUACACCCUUAGCUGGUGUUCUUGCCUUGGUUUCCUUGUUAAUUAGAAAUCAUAAAUAUAGGUCUUCGCUUUUGUAUGUGUGAACAUUUCAUCUUCUUCGUUCCUUUGUGAAUAUUCCUAUGUUAUUGUUGAAGGUGUUGGUUA